CUGCAAUAACAUUAUUCCUUAGAGCUCUUUUCCUGGGAAUUUGCACCCCUCUCUGCUUUCAGACAUCUCCUUCUCGUUCUGCCAUUUUGGAGAGGCAUGCUGCCCUAAUGCAGCCAUUAGUAGUCACGUCAUCUGGGAAUUACCAGAAGACUUAGUAGUUAGUUCCUGAAGGGAGGAUACUGUGAGAGUGAAAAUGCAGCUAAAAAUGUAGACAAUCAAGUACAUUUUCUGUAGUGCAACUAAGUUACUUUUUUCUAGAUUAAAAAUAAGGGAAAAAAAGAGGUAACAUAGUAGGGGGGACAAAUGGAUAUAGUUAAAAAAAAAAAAAAAAGACACUUCUGUCCGAUGUGCUGACAAAUAGUUUAGACCUGUUAACUCAUUAUUUCUUAAUUUAGAUCUUCAAGCCCAGUACCACACACAAAAAGUUCCAGUUAAUCCAUUUUAUUAAUAAACACUACAACAUAUAAUGCCAUUUCUACUUCUUGUUUACUUACAGGUAUAUCGCAAACAUCUUUUCUUUGUAAGAAUAUUCUGUUAAAACUUUUAAUAGCUGAAAUACAGUAUUUUUUCUCACCAGAUUAUACAACAUAAGAAGGAGGAUGCCUAUUUUUCCAAAGUGUAUUUGUAAUAAAAAUUUCACCAGUUUUGCUCUAUAAAAUCUUUGCCGAGUAAUAAAAAUGUCAACUUCUCCUAUUCAAUGUCUUUAUCAAAAUGUAUGAUUAUUGGAUCGUGGCCUGUCGAUUUCACAAACUUCAUAAAGUCUUUAGGGCUUAGGCCCAUGGUUGCAGAGUUUGUCAUGGGAUGGAAAUACACCUUCUCGUGGCCCCCCUCCAGAAAGCCGGCAUCCAAGACGAACUUUAUGUCUCCUUGGUCGCAGAAGAGGGCCAGAGGUGUCGCACAGCCUUGGCCUACUUUUAAUUUUUCCAGCAUGGCGUUUUCAUCAGCAAACCUUAGGUUUCCGCUUCCAACACCCAGUUUUUUGGCAAGCUCGUUCAAGUUGAUCUGUCUGUCGUGCAGGACAGUCACCAGCCAGAAGCCUUUCUUCUUUUUGUCUCUAAGGAAAAGGUUUUUGCUGUGCCCUCCUUUCAGGUGUUGGACGUGGGACAUCAUUUCCUCAACCGUGAACACCUGGGGGUGCUCGGCGGUGAGGGCGGCGAUGCCCAGCUCCCGCAGCCGCUGCUCCAGCUCCGCCCGCAGCCCCGCCGCCGCCAUGGCUGCCACGGGUCCGCCCCGCUCCGGCAGCGGCACCGCGCAGGCGCCGGGCCUCCACACGUCGCGCCUGCGCACGGCGGCGAGGACUGCUGGGGCGGUUGGGUGCCGUUGGGGGUCCCCGGGGCGGGCCUGGCCGCGAGGUGAAGAAAUGAAUCGAGGGUUGAUAGUGAAGUUUGAAAAUCUGGUCCAGUUACGUGGUGCUUGCCGACAGCUGCGUACUGUUUCCUACAGGAAAGUCAACAGAGCACAAUGGAAGCCUGUGCAGUCAUCUGCGUGUCCUGUACAGUCCGUUCAUCUGUAUCCACAGUUCUGGCAAAAAGACAAAUCAAUCAGUGUCGUCUUAUCUCAAUACAGACAUCUAGCUACAACGGAGGAGAAGAAAAAGAGCAAAAAGAAAUUGCCGCUGACCAAAGGUGAAGUGGAGAUAAGGCAGCAGAUGACUGUUGAGGAACUUGCACAAGCAAUGGGCAAAGACUUAGAUCACGUGUAUGAAGCCCUGCUGUACACAGAUAUUGAUCUUGGUUCCCUAGAACCAGAUUCCAUUUUAAAUGAGGACUAUAUCAAGCUAAUUGUUAAAAAAUCAGGAAUGAAGUAUAAGUCAGCAAAACUGAAAGAAGAGAAAGAAAGAGAAAAUACAGAUGCUGUAAAACGACCCCCUGCAGACCCAGCAUUAUUAACCCCACGGCCCCCAGUUGUUACUAUAAUGGGCCAUGUUGAUCAUGGGAAAACAACUUUACUUGACAGCCUACGAAAAACUCAAGUGGCAUCAAUGGAAGCAGGAGGCAUUACACAACACAUUGGUGCUUUUCUUGUGCAUCUGCCUUCUGGGGAAAAGAUAACUUUUCUUGAUACUCCUGGACAUGCAGCUUUUUCAGCCAUGCGAGCAAGAGGUACCUCUGUAACUGACAUCGUCAUACUGGUUGUAGCGGCGGAAGAUGGAGUGAUGCAACAAACUGUAGAAUCCAUUCAACAUGCUAAAAAUGCAGGAGUUCCUCUUAUCCUUGCCAUUAACAAAUGUGACAAACCUGAAGCUGAUCCUGAAAGAGUGAAGAAGGAAUUGAUGGGUCACGAUGUGAUCUGUGAAGAGUUUGGAGGGGAUGUUCAAGCUGUAAAUAUUUCAGCACUCAAGGGUGAAAACCUGAUGGUUUUGGCAGAAGCAACUGUUGCUUUAGCAGAGAUGUUAGAACUGAAGGCAGACUACACAGGUCUGGUAGAGGGGACUGUAAUUGAGUCUCGCAAAGACAAAGGGAAAGGUCCAGUUACCACAGCCAUUGUCCAAAGAGGAACUCUGAGGAAAGGCUGUGUUCUGGUUGCAGGGAAGACCUGGGCAAAAGUGCGUUUCAUGUUUGAUGAGAAUGGAAAAGCUGUAGAUGCAGCCUCUCCUGGCAUCCCUGUGGAAAUCAUGGGCUGGAAGGAAGUCCCUUCAGCGGGAGAUGAAAUCCUUGAAGUAGAAUCUGAGCAAAGGGCACAUGAAGUUGUGGCUUGGAGAACCUAUGUUGAACAGCAAGAGAAGGUGAGAAGAGAUGGGGAAGUUAUUGAAGCAAAGCAAAAGGAACACAGGGUGGAAUAUGAGAAGAAGCAACAGAAGCUAGCCCAUCUGACCUGGAGACAGAGAAGGGCGUUGCUCUACAAGACCAACAAGCAUCUAAUGUUCUCAAAGCCUAAAGAGAGAACAGAAGUGGACAAAAACGUGCUGUCAGUAAUUGUUAAAGGUGAUAUGGAUGGAUCUGUCGAAGCUAUUCUGAACAUUCUGGACAGCUAUGAUGCUGAUGAUGAAUGUAGAUUGGAUAUCAUCCAUUUUGGAAUGGGAGAUAUCAGCGAAACUGACAUAAGUCUUGCUGAAGCAUUCAAUGGUGUUGUUUAUGGAUUCAGCGUGAAAGCCAAUGAAACUAUUAAAAAGCUGGCUGCUAAAAAGGGAAUAAAAAUUAAACUUCACAACGUCAUCUACAAACUUAUUGAAGACUUGCAAGAUGAGCUAAAUAGCAGACUGCCUCCAUCUGUGGUGGAAAAUACAAUAGGGACAGCUUCUGUUCUUGACGUCUUCUCUGUAACAGUAGGAAAAAACAAAAUUUCAGUAGCUGGGUGCAGAGUACAGAAGGGGCAACUAGACAAAAGGAUGAAAUUUAAGUUAAUCCGUAAAGGGGAUGUUAUUUGGCAAGGAUCUUUAUCAUCGCUGAAGCAUCAUAAAGAUGAUGUCCAGGUAAUAAAAACAGGUAUGGAUUGUGGAUUAAGUUUGGACAAGCAUAUAGAAUUCAAUAUUGGAGAUGAAAUUAUCUGUUAUGAAGAAAAAGAAGUUCAACAGACAACCUCGUGGGAUCCAGGAUUUUAAAAUACAUCGAAUCCCCAGCAAGGACAUGCACUAUUCCUGGCCUUGAACUCUUAGCAUUAAAUGAACUUAUAAAGAAGCUUACGUGCAUCUCUCUAUCUGAUGCUUCUGUAUUCUAUGUUUAAACCUCAUCAAGCAACCAGCGUACCUCAUUGGAGCACCAGAUGAAUGACCCUAACUGCAAGCAUUUUGUGUGUGUAAAGCCAUCAAGGUGUAAAUACUUCUGACUUUAUUGAU